UGUGACAGAACAGGGCUUUUUCACACUUACGGAUCAUGGAAGGAAGUGGUUAUGUCGAGGCAGUGAUUAAAAAUAUUAAUAUGUACCUAUAGUCAAAGUACAUAAAGAAGCGAAAGAGGAUAUUUUCGGCACAGGCCAAGGAAAGUUGGAGAAGUCGGACACAAAUGAGGCAUGAGGGACGUGACGCUUGAACUUCACUGAAGACGGACGUCUGAAGGCACCUGCACCCCCAGUAAAGCACCGACAAACAGUUUGUUUCUGUACUGACAGGAAUGUACUUUUACUAACUUUUUUCCGUGAAUGGUGAUGGAGAAAAACGUAUGAAAACGUACUUAAUCGAGUAAUAAAGGAAUUAUGAAGUAAAAGGAAACUGAGAGACUAUAGUGGCAGAUUGCUUUCAGCCUGUAGCAGCUUGCUUAUCCCGCCCCCAUCGGAUGCCGGCCGGUCCCGGCACGUCGUGCCGGAGUGAGAGAUGAUGGAGCCGCUGACGGAUCGCCCUCUCCGGGGCGACGGCUCCGUGUGGGAGAAGGCAGCGACGUGCUGCUCCUCCGCCGGCCUGAAAACGCUGCUGCCCAUCCUGGGAUGGCUGCCCAGCUACGAGCUGUCCUGGCUGCGCAUGGACCUGAUCGCCGGCAUUACCGUGGGGCUCACCGCCGUGCCCCAGGGGCUGGCUUACGCCGAAGUCGCCGGCUUACCUGUGCAGUAUGGUCUCUACUCCGCGUUCAUGGGCGGGUUCGUGUACUGCAUCUUCGGCACCUCCAAGGACAUCACGCUGGGCCCGACCGCCAUCAUGUCGCUGCUGUGCGCCUCCUACGUCGAGCAGGACCCCGUCUACGCCGUGCUGCUCGCCUUCCUCUGUGGCCUCAUUCAGAUCUCCAUGGCAUUCCUGAGGCUGGGCUUCCUGCUGGACUUCAUCUCCUACCCUGUCAUCAAGGGCUUCACUUGUGCCGCGGCCAUCACCAUCAGCUUUGGGCAGGUGAAGAACCUCCUCGGCCUUCAGAACGUCUCCCAGCAUUUUUUCCUUCAGGUAUACGACACCUUCCGAAAGAUCCCCGAGGCCAGGGUGGGCGAUGUGGUCCUGGGCCUGCUCUGCCUGCUCUCUCUGCUCGGGCUGAUGUUGAUGAAGCGGUCCCUGGAGCCGAACCCCGAGGAUCUGCCCGUCUGUGUUCGGCUUGCCCGGGGACUGAUAUGGGGCCUCGCCACAGUACGCAAUGCCCUGGUGGUGAUCAGUGCGACCUUGGUGGUGUACUCCUCAGAAGCUGCCGGGCACCACGUCUUCACCAUCACGGGGAAGACCUCCCCCGGCCUGCCGCCCGUCCGGGUGCCGGCCUUCUCCGAAGCCAUGGUCAACGGCACGGCGCUCUCCUUCAGUGAUAUCGCGUUGGACCUGGGCGGGGGCCUGGCCGUUAUCCCCCUCAUGGGUCUGCUGGAGAGUAUCGCCAUAGCGAAGGCCUUUGCGAGUCAGAAUGACUACCGCAUCGAUGGUAACCAGGAGCUCUUUGCCAUCGGCCUCACUAACCUCAUGGGCUCCUUUGUGUCGGCGUACCCUAUCACAGGAAGCUUCGGAAGGACGGCGGUGAACUCUCAGAGUGGCGUGCGCACGCCUUUAGGGGGUGUCUUCACCAGUGUGAUCGUGCUCCUCUCCCUCGCCUUCCUCACGCCGAUCUUCUACUACAUCCCCAAGGCCUCGCUGGCCGCCGUCAUCAUCUGCGCCGUGGCCCCCAUGUUCGACUAUGGCAUCGCUCUGAAGCUCUGGAGGGUCAAACGGCUGGACCUCUUGCCCUUCCUGGUGACGUUCCUGGUGAGCUUCUGGGAGGUGCAGUACGGCAUCGUUUGCGGGAUAGCCAUCUCUGGGGCUAUGCUGUUGUACCACGUCGCCAGGCCCAGGCUCAAGUUGCGUGACCAUGGCGUGCUGGUGGUGGCGCUGGACAGCGGGCUCAGUUUCCCUGCCGUGGAGUACAUCAGCCGGCUGCUGUACACAGAGGCCUUGACAGCCUCCCCCCCUCGGUCUGUGGUGCUGGACUGCCGGCACUUCAGCACCAUAGACUACACAGUGAUCAAUGAGUUGCAGGACCUCUUACGGCAGUUCCAGCAAUGUGAGGUGUCCCUCAUCUUCACUGGCGUACCGCACACUGUUCUGGAGGUUCUGCUGGAGGCUGACCUGCCUGGCCUGAAACACAUGGAGAGUGUGGAGGCGGCCCUUCAAGCCCUCUCUGCCUCCACCUCUUGUAACUGACACUUCGACCAGCCUAUCAGGGAUGGCUAGUGGGUGUCGCCGUCGCCGAGUGCAGGAUUGGACAGGCCUCAGCAUAAGCGAUGGGGCACAGGACCAAUGAAAUCACGAGCAGUUGACUUAAGCUGUGGAUUUUUACACUGAUGCUCCUGUGUUGCUUUACCAUUAGGGUUGCUCUGGUUUCAUGCUUUCUUGGGUGUAGAUUGGGGGGAAAAUGUUGCUAUUUAAAUAGCCAAAGUAGCUGCAACAUGCCACGGGCUUAUGGCCCUGGUCUGGUCAAGGUGCUCCAUCCUGGGGUGCCUAGGAUCCCACUCAAAACACUGCCCUGGGAGCCCAGCUGAGUCAGCCUGUGAUUUAGAGCAGUCCCAGGAAAAGCAGGGUAUUGACUCACAAGCUUUCAACUUAGUGACAGCUCUCAGCGCCCACGACACGACUGACGCGACUGACGGCUCUCAGCGCCCACGACACGACUGACGCGACUGAUGGCUCUUAGCGCCCGCGGCACCACUGACACGACUGACGGCUCUCAGCGCCCACGACACGACUGACGCGACUGACGGCUCUCAGCGCCCACGANCGA